AGGCAGUGCCGCGCCGAAUGGCCCGCGCCGGUUUCCAAGGUGAAGGAGGAGGAGCCUCUGAGGAAAAGUUUCCACAGAAACUUGAGCUGGGCGCAGAGAAGCACUCGCGCCCUUGGGGGCUAACGUUUGGCCGGAGCUACACACUCUUUACUCACGCACGCACACCGCCGUACACAGCACAAUCGUUCACCGUCCCGCCAAAGGCUCGUCUCUCGGGUUCUGCCUAGUGGAAGGAGUCGGACAACGCCGCACGUCACGGGCGUUUCGGAUUUCUUGCUUCCCAAAGGUUUGACGGCGGCCACCGGCGCCCCGGCCCAGCUCUGCUUUCCUUUGCUGACUCCUUCCUUGAGGUGUGAAUUUUAAAAUGCUGAUACCGCCCCAAGAGAGCUGAGUCAAGUGAGCUGUCUACCACCACUGCUGCGCUUGUGGAUGACUGCAGGAACACCGGGUACUUGCCACAAGUAUCUCUCCAGAUUCAUCAGCCUUUCACCUGUGACAAGCUCAGUCAAGAAGUGGCUCCUAAGUAAAAGCUGGGGAAGAACAAGGAAGAUAGAGCUCAGAGUAGAAAGCUGUGAAGUUCUGCACAACAGGUCCCCUUGGCCUGCUCUAACAGUUGGAAGGUGGGGGAAGCAUUCAUUUACUCAACAAAUAUAUACUGAGUGCCUUUUGCAUGCUAGGCACGCUUCUAGGGGUUGAGGACACAGCAGAGAGCACAAACAACAAUUCCAGCCCUCGUGGAGCUUACCUCUUCCACGUGGGAAAGACAGAUGGUAAAUGUAUAAGGACAAUAUAUGGACUGCUGUAUGAUUAGAAAUGCUAUGGAGAGGCUAGGAGUGCUGUCUCAUGCCUGUAAUCCCACAGUUUGGGAGGCCAAAGGAGGAGGAUCACUUGAGGCCAGAAGUUGGAGACCCAACCUGGGCAACAUAACAGGCAUGGUAGCUCAUGUGGAAGCUUCCCGAGGCCCUCACCCAGAAGCAGAUGCUGGAGCCAUGCUUGUACAGCUUGCAGAACUUAAAUCUUGCUGCUGCUCACUCUCUGGGUCUGCACUACUUUUAUGAGCUGUAACACUGUGAAGGUCUGCAGCUUCACUCCUGAAGCCAGCGAGACCAUGAACCCACCGGGAGGAACAAACAACUCCUGACGCGCCACCUUUAAGAGCCCUAACACUCACUGCAAAGGUCUGCAGCUUCGCUCCUGAAGUCAGAGAGACCACGAACCCACCGGGAGGAACAAACAACUCUGGACGCACCACCUUUAAGAGCUGUAACACUCACUGCGAAGGUCUGCGGCUUCACUCCUGAAGUCAAGCAAGACCACAAACCCACCGGAAGGAAAAAACUCCAGACACAUCUGAACAUCUGAAGGAACAAACUCCAGACGUACCAUCUGUAAGAACUGUAACACUUACCGCGAGGGUCCGCGGCUUCAUUCUUGAAGUCAGCCAGACCAAGAACCCACCGGAAGGAACCAAUUCUGGACACAGUAUGGUUGGUCCACAAGAGAGAUCGCAACGAACGAAAUAAACCAGAACAUCGUUCUUCAAGCCAAGGACCCUUGUCAUCCAUUAGAGCGGUAAUCAAGAGAUCUUCUCGGACUUCUAUUCAGAGUGAACUUCAUCGAGAUAGAAGGCGCCCAGAGAUCACCAUUGUGGCAGCUGAGCCACUGAGGCCAGCCUCGUGGUUUCCAGGAACCCCACCCCCAGGACUGGGAUUUCCUACAUCAUCUGCAGCAGGCUCUUGGAGGCCUAAUGAGCUGGUUCCUGCUGAGCUCCCACCAUCCUAUGAACAAGUUAUAAAAGAAAUCAACCAAGUUCAAGUUAAUACUACAAAUAAUAAUAAUGCUGCUGCUACUCCAAGGCACACUAUUACUUCUGCAACUCAGACUGACUUUUCAGAAGAAAUAGACAACGAUCUGCCUCAAACACUACAGGCACCUCUCAAGCCUCUUCAGCCUUUCUCAGCAGUCUCGUCUGGCAAUCUUCCAACAAAUGUGGCACCUUUAAUCGUCUUUGAUAUUUCUGAAGAACCGAAUUGUCCAGAAAACCCCAGUGCUACAAGAUGUCCAGUGCCAAAACCAAGAUCAAAAAGCAACCUCAGACCAAUACCCAGAGAUUCUCACAUUAAAGAGCAAAGUCAACAGAAAAUCAGCCCAGCAGCCAUAGGAGAGGAGUCAUCCCCAGGCCGGCCCCAGUCUCUGCUGGACAACGCUAGCACCUCAGACAGUCAGGCAGUGAUGAACAUUAUGAACACGGAACAAAGCCAAAAUAGUAUUGUUUCCAGAAUUAAAGUGUUUGAGGGUCAGACAAACAUAGAAACCUCAGGACUGCCCAAGAAACCAGAAAUUACUCCACGUUCACUUCCUCCAAAGCCUACUGUUUCCUCAGGGAAACCUUCUGUAGCUCCCAAACCAGCUGCUAACAGAGCUUCUGGAGAGUGGGACUCUGGGACUGAGAACAGACUCAAGGUGACCUCCAAGGAAGGACUCACCCCAUACCCUCCCCUGCAAGAAGCGGGAAGCAUCCCAGUAACCAAACCUGAAUUGCCAAAGAAACCAAACCCUGGCCUUAUACGAAGUGUUAAUCCUGAGAUUCCGGGAAGAGGGCCCCUGUCUGAGAGCUCUGAUAGUGGGAAGAAAGUGCCAACUCCUGCCCCGCGGCCUUUGCUGCUGAAGAAAUCUGUUUCCUCAGAAAACCCCAGCAACCCUUCAGCUCCACUGAAACCUGUCACUGUUCCUCCCCGACUCGCAGGGGCAUCACAAGCCAAAGCAUACAAGUCACUGGGAGAAGGGCCCCCAGCCAACCCCCCAGUUCCAGUUCUGCAGAGCAAGCCCUUGGUGGACAUCGAUCUCAUCAGCUUUGAUGAUGAUGUUUUGCCCACCCCAUCGGGGAACCUGGCUGAAGAAUCUGUUGGUUCAGAGAUGGUUCUAGAUCCCUUUCAGCUCCCUGCAAAAACAGAACCAAUAAAAGAACGAGCAGUUCAACCAGCACCCACCAGGAAGCCCACUGUAAUUCGAAUUCCAGCCAAACCAGGAAAAUGUUUACAUGAGGAUCCACAAAGUCCACCUCCUCUCCCUGCUGAAAAACCUAUUGGAAACACUUUCAGUACAGUAUCUGGAAAGCUCAGUAAUGUUGAGAGAACUAGAAACUUGGAAUCCAACCACCCAGGUCAAACAGGAGGUUUUGUGCGAGGACCCCCAAGGUUGCCACCGAGACCUGUGAAUGGAAAAACCAUUCCAACUCAACAGCUUCCAACCAAGGUGCCCCCUGAGAGACCACCUCCCCCAAAGCUUUCUGCAACCAGAAGAUCUAAUAAGAAACUGCCUUUUAAUCGAUCCUCUUCUGACAUGGAUCUUCAGAAAAAACAAAGUAACUUGGCAACUGGACUCUCAAAAGCCAAGAGUCAAGUUUUUAAAAAUCGAGAUCCGGUGCUACCCCCUCGUCCCAAACCAGGACACCCCCUCUACAGUAAAUACAUGCUGUCUGUGCCUCAUGGAAUUGCCAAUGAAGAUAUUGUCUCGCAAAACCCCGGAGAACUCUCUUGUAAGCGUGGGGAUGUACUUGUGAUGCUGAAGCAGACGGAAAAUAAUUACCUGGAGUGCCAAAAGGGAGAAGACACUGGCAGAGUUCACCUGUCUCAAAUGAAGAUUAUCACUCCACUUGAUGAACAUCUUAGAAGCAGACCAAACGAUCCAAGCCACGCUCAGAAGCCUGUUGACAGUGGUGCUCCUCAUGCUGUCGUUCUUCAUGAUUUCCCAGCAGAGCAAGUUGAUGAUUUGAACCUCACUUCUGGAGAAAUUGUUUAUCUUCUGGAGAAGAUAGAUACAGAUUGGUACAGAGGGAACUGUAGAAACCAGAUUGGCAUAUUUCCUGCCAACUAUGUCAAAGUGAUUAUUGAUAUCCCAGAAGGAGGAGAUGGGAAAAGAGAAUGCGUUUCAUCUCAUUGUGUUAAAGGCUCAAGAUGUGUUGCUCGGUUUGAAUAUAUUGGAGAGCAGAAGGAUGAGUUGAGUUUCUCAGAGGGAGAAAUUAUUAUUCUUAAAGAGUAUGUGAAUGAGGAAUGGGCCAGAGGAGAAGUUCGAGGCAGAACUGGGAUUUUCCCCCUGAACUUUGUGGAGCCUGUUGAGGAUUAUCCCACCUCUGGUGCAAAUGUUUUAAGCACAAAGGUACCACUGAAAACCAAAAAAGAAGAUUCUGGCUCAAACUCUCAGGUUAACAGUCUUUCGGCAGAAUGGUGUGAAGCUCUUCACAGUUUUACAGCAGAGACCAGUGAUGACUUAUCAUUCAAGAGGGGAGACCGGAUCCAGAUUCUGGAACGUCUGGAUUCUGACUGGUGCAGGGGCAGACUGCAGGACAGGGAGGGGAUCUUCCCAGCAGUGUUUGUGAGGCCCUGCCCAGCUGAGGCAAAAAGUAUGUUGGCCAUAGUACCGAAGGGGAGGAAGGCCAAAGCCUUAUAUGAUUUCCGAGGGGAGAAUGAAGAUGAACUUUCCUUCAAGGCUGGAGAUAUAAUAACAGAGCUGGAAUCUGUAGAUGAUGACUGGAUGAGUGGAGAACUUAUGGGAAAAUCUGGAAUAUUUCCCAAAAACUACAUACAGUUUCUACACAUCAGCUAGAGGAGAAGCUUGACUGUGUUCCUUGGCACAAGAACUCACUUGAACUAUCACCUUGACUAUCAGAUAUGUUUUUGCACUAUUUUUUUUUAACUGAAAAAGAAAUAUCUAAGCUGUACAUGGUACACUAGAAUUUUCUGAAAGCAGAAAACGUUCAGAUUUUGUAGUUAAUUUUCAUUACAAUAGAAACAUGCACAUGGAAACCCAUGAGCUAGGAUUCUACCGAGGAAAACAUCUAGUGGGAUUAGCAAGGUGAAGGGAAAGCAUCUGGUGGCAUGGCAGCAUGGGGAGGCUCACACGCAGAAGUUGCACGUGGACAUCCGUUUUAAUCAGCACAAGUGAAUUAACCAUGCUUCUUCAUUUUUUUACUUUAGUUAAAAAAGAGGACAUUUAAUAUUCUACAUCCUGUAACUAUCAGGACAUGGUUAGCAAUCUCAAUUUCAUUUUUGAUAUUCAAAUUAAUUCUUACAGCUUGAGCGUAUCAGCCUUAUUACCAGAGCAAAUCCUUCCUUCAGAUGGGAUAGUUUACCGACUAGUUGGAACAUUUGUAAGCACAUGGUGAAAUCAGCCCCUGCCCACUAAAAUAAUCUUUAUGUUACCAAGUGAUUCCCAUUUGUCUAAGGAUUUGAAGGGGGUCUAAAUUGGAUGUAUCUUACUUAGUCUAAAGAACCAAAAGCAUCCCUGAAAUGCCUUGCUAAUACAACUAAUCCUUCCAUAUAUGUGCCAUACUUACUUUUUUCCUCAGUGUAUACUUUAUGUUAACAGGGUUAUUACAAAGCACAUUUUCUGAAUCUGCAAUCAUUCCUUUGACAAUUACUGGACCCAAAGGAAAAUUCAUUUUCUUUGCAUUAUUCCAGUAAUAUAUAAAAACUGUGUCUUGUUAUAGUAGUACAUUAUGAAUCACAUAUAAAAUCUUACAAUACAGAACAACUGUUAAGAUGGAAAACAGUGCCAAACCUCCACAGCUCAUUUCUUUGUAAUAUAAUCAGAAUGAAAAAUAAUUUAAGAGGAGAGAAGACUGGUACUUUUUUGUUUUAUUUUUUCUCUAGCUUAUCCCUGCACAAUUAUUAGAGUGAAUGAAAAACCACUUUCCUGCUUUCCAUUGUUAUAAAUUCUAAGCUUAAGAUAAAAGUGGUUCUUUACAUGACUGAAUCAAUUACAAUUUAUGGGCUAGAGCCAAAUAGGUUGAAGACAAUCGUCCAAACAGAUCAAUGGAAUAGAAUUUCAUUGGAAAUGUAAAACACUUUCCCAACAAUGGUCAUGACUUUCUUCUGUUUUUGAGAAGAGUUUCAUAUGCUGGACCACAUUUUAGCUUUUAUUGUUUUUUUUUUUCCCAUUGUCCAAAAAGUUAGGCAACAAGUGGCCACACUUUUACGUGACUACAACCUGGAGUUCUGCAAAGAAGGUAAUAUUUACUUGGUCUUUGACUAAAGUUAUCUCCCCAUUCUAUGGUUACAUUUUAUUUUGGACUAUGGGGACUUCUAAUAUGUUUUGGUAAAGAAGAGAGUAUAAAGAAAAUUCUUGUCAAAUUUCACUCAAAAGUAAUUUCAUGAGAAAUCAAUGAUUUAAAGCAUUAUCCAAAUUAAAUUAUCAUUUGCAGCAAACUGUACAACAGCAGGAAGGAUAUGGAAUGGAACAUGAGUUAUAUAUCUUUGCCUUUAUAAUUUUAACAUCUUAUAUUGAAGAUUCUGAAAACCUAUCUUUAUUAGAGGAAAAUCUCAAUCUUCAGUUUUGGCCUUCUGUCAGCAGAAUGAUAAGUGCAAUAGUUGUAAAUCUACUUGACACUGUAAUAAACUGAACUGAACUUUCAAA